UCUAGCAUGGUCUAUCUGGAGUUACCUACCGACCAUAUGAUGUUCUAGCAUGGUCUAUCUGGAGUUACCAACCUACCAUAUGAUGUUCUAGCAUGGUCUAUCUGGAGUUACCAACCAACCAUAUGAUGUUCUAGCAUGGUCUAUCUGGAGUUACCUACCGACCAUAUGAUGUUCUAGCAUGGUCUAUCUGGAGUUACCAACCUACCAUAUGAUGUUCUAGCAUGGUCUAUCUGGAGUUACCUACCGACCAUAUGAUGUUCUAGCAUGGUCUAUCUGGAGUUACCUACUGACCAUAUGAUGUUAUAGCAUGGUCUAUCUGGAGUUACCUACCGACCAUAUGAUGUUCUAGCAUGGUCUAUCUGGAGUUACCUACCGACCAUAUGAUGUUCUAGCAUGGUCUAUCUGGAGUUACCAACCUACCAUAUGAUGUUCUAGCAUGGUCUAUCUGGAGUUACCAACCUACCAUAUGAUGUUCUAGCAUGGUCUAUCUGGAGUUACCUACCGACCAUAUGAUGUUCUAGCAUGGUCUAUCUGGAGUUACCAACCUACCAUAUGAUGUUCUAGCAUGGUCUAUCUGGAGUUACCAACAAACCAUAUGAUGUUUUAGGUCAGUCUAUCUAUCUGCAGUCACCAGUCGUUCGGUCAACCAUAUGAUGUUCUAGCAUAGUCUAUCUGGAGUUACCAACCAACCAUAUGAUGUUCUAGCAUGGUCUAUCUGGAGUUACCAACCAACCAUAUGAUGUUCUAGCAUGGUCUAUCUGGAGUUACCUACUGACCAUAUGAUGUUCUAGCAUGGUCUAUCUGGAGUUACCAACCUACCAUAUGAUGUUCUAGCAUGGUCUAUCUGGAGUUACCAACCUACCAUAUGAUGUUCUAGCAUGGUCUAUCUGGAGUUACCAACCUACCAUAUGAUGUUCUAGCAUGGUCUAUCUGGAGUUACCAACCUACCAUAUGAUGUUCUAGCAUGGUCUAUCUGGAGUUACCAACCUACCAUAUGAUGUUCUAGCAUGGUCUAUCUGGAGUUACCAACCUACCAUAUGAUGUUCUAGCAUGGUCUAUCUGGAGUUACCAACAAACCAUAUGAUGUUUUAGGUCAGUCUAUCUAUCUGCAGUCACCAGUCGUUCGGUCAACCAUAUGAUGUUCUAGCAUAGUCUAUCUGGAUUACCAACCAACCAUAUGAUGUUAUAGCAUGGUCUAUCUGGAGUUACCAACCAACCAUAUGAUGUUCUAGCAUGGUCUAUCUGGAGUUACCAACCAACCAUAUGAUGUUCUAGCAUGGUCUAUCUGGAGUUACCUACUGACCAUAUGAUGUUCUAGCAUGGUCUAUCUGGAGUUACCAACCUACCAUAUGAUGUUAUAGCAUGGUCUAUCUGGAGUUACCAACCAACCAUAUGAUGUUCUAGCAUGGUCUAUCUGGAGUUACCAACCAACCAUAUGAUGUUAUAGCAUGGUCUAUCUGGAGUUACCAACCUACCAUAUGAUGUUUUAGGUCAGUCUUUCUAUCUGCAGUCACCUGUCGUUCGGUCAACCAUAUGAUGUUCUAGCAUGGUCUAUCUGGAGUUACCGGUCAGUCUAUCUAUCUGCAGUCACCAGUCGUUCGGUCAACCAUAUGAUGUUCUAGCAUGGUCUAUCUGGAGUUACCAACCAACCAUAUGAUGUUCUAGCAUGGUCUAUCUGAAGUCACCGGUCUGUCUAUCUGAAGUCACCGGUCUGUAUCUGGAGUCACUGGUCUGUCUAUCUGAAGUCACCGGUCUGUAUCUGGAGUCACUGGUCUGUCUAUCUGGAGUCACCGGUCUGUAUCUGGAGUCACCAGUCUGUCUAUCUGGAGUCACCGGUCUGUCUAUCUGGAGUCACUGGUCUGUAUCUGGAGUCACUGGUCUGUAUCUGAAGUCACCGGUCUGUAUCUGGAGUCACUGGUCUGUAUCUGGAGUCACCGGUCUGUAUCUGGAGUCACUGGUCUGUAUCUGGAGUCACCGGUCUGUAUCUGGAGUCACUGGUCUGUAUCUGGAGUCACUGGUCUGUAUCUGGAGUCACCGGUCUGUAUCUGGAGUCACCGGUCUGUAUCUGGAGUCACCGGUCUGUAUCUGGAGUCACUGGUCUGUAUCUGGAGUCACCGGUCUGUAUCUGGAGUCACCGGUCUGUAUCUGGAGUCACUGGUCUGUAUCUGGAGUCACUGGUCUGUAUCUGGAGUCACUGGUCUGUCUAUCUGGAGUCACUGGUCUGUAUCUGGAGUCACUGGUCUGUAUCUGGAGUCACUGGUCUGUCUAUCUGGAGUCACUGGUCUGUAUCUGGAGUCACCGGUCUGUAUCUGGAGUCACCGGUCUGUAUCUGGAGUCACCGGUCUGUAUCUGGAGUCACUGGUCUGUAUCUGGAGUCACUGGUCUGUCUAUCUGGAGUCACUGGUCUGUAUCUGGAGUCACUGGUCUGUAUCUGGAGUCACUGGUCUGUCUAUCUGGAGUCACUGGUCUGUAUCUGGAGUCACUGGUCUGUAUCUUGAGUCACUGGUCUGUCUAUCUGGAGUCACUGGUCUGUAUCUGGAGUCACCGGUCUGUCUAUCUGGAGUCACUGGUCUGUAUCUGGAGUCACUGGUCUGUCUAUCUGGAGUCACUGGUCUGUAUCUGGAGUCACUGGUCUGUAUCUGAAGGUCUGUCUAUCUGGAGUCACCGGUCUGUAUCUGGAGUCACCGGUCUGUAUCUGGAGUCACCGGUUGUUCGGUCGACCAUAUGAUGUUCUAUCAUGGUCAACCGGUCGGUCUUGUGCUGUAUCAUUCCUGCUUCUAAUGUGUGUGAUGACGACUUAAUUAUUCCACAUUAAACCUAAACCAGCUGGAAUACAUAAUAUACAGUGUCUAGAAAAAGUACAUGAACCCUUUGGAAAUUCCUGGAUUUCUGCAUAAAUUAGUCAUCAAAUUUGAUCUGAUCUUCAUCUAGGUGACAACAAUAGACGAACACAGUAUGCUUAAACUAAUAACACACAAACAAUUACACGUUUUCAUGUCUUUAUCGAACACACCAAGUAAACAUUCACAGUACAGGGUGGGAAAAGUGUGUGAACCCUUGGAUUUAAUAACUGGUUGACCCUCCUUUUGCAGCAAUAACGUCAACCAAGCGUUUUCUGUAGUUGCGGAUCAGACCUGCACAACGGUCACGAGGAAUUUUGGACCGUUCCUCUUUACAAAACAUUCAGGGCAGCAAUAUUCUUGGGAUGCCUGGUGUGAACUGCUCUCUUGAGGUCAUGCCACAGCAUCUAAAUCGGGUUGAGGUCAGGACUCUGACUGGGCCACUCCAGAAGACAUAUUUUCUUCUGAUGAAGCCAUUUUGUUGUUGAUUUACUUGUGUUUUUGGGUUGUUGUCCUGUUGCAUCACCCAACUUCGUUGAGCUUCAUUUGACGGACAGAUAGCCUAACAUUCUCCUGUAAAAUGUCUUGAUAAACUUGAGAAUU